AUGGACCGUUUUGUUACGAAAAAAAUUCGUCUUGAUCUGGCAACGGGGGCACAAGAAGAAAAUGCUGACGACCCACAUUUAGACAAAUCUAACCAAGCUCCUCUUGAACCUCCUAGUUUUAAAUACUUAUUUAAUGAUUUUUAUAAAGUAUUAACUGUGGAAGGUAAAAAAUUGUCAGUUAUAUGUCAAAACUGCCAAAAAGUAGUAAACGGAUCAACUAAUUCGAGUGGAAACUUUUUAAGCCACAUUAAACUCAAACAUAACUCAUUGAUGCAAAAAGUAAACCAAGCAAGGAAAAGACAUGAUGUAUCCAAAACAACAGAGAUUCAAACAAAACUGUUUAGUGGUCCAACUAAAAAAUGGUCUAAAGAUAAGAUUGGUAAUUUGGUGUUCAACUACAUUAUUCAAGAAAUGAGACCUUUAAUUACAUGCGAGAAACCAGCAUUUCGACAGUUAAUCUUUGGCCUUACUGGUUUAACAUCUGCAGAUUCUGUUUUACUCCCAGACCGAAAUUAUAUAUCAAAGAAACUCAAUUCAAGCUAUACAAAUUAUAUUUCAAUGUUGACUUCUUUGCUCAAUAAACAACAGUAUAUUUGUACUACUGCAGAUAUAUGGAGUACUAACAAUAAAAGCUAUCUUGGCAUGACAUGUCACUUCAUUGAAGAAAUUUCUUAUACCCGUCAUUCCUAUGUUUUGGGCUGCAGAAGAAUCAAAGGUGGACAUAAUUAUUUAAAUAUUUCUGAGUUAAUCAAUGAAAUAACUCAAACUUAUCAAAUAAGUACUUCAAAAAUAACACAUACUAUAACUGACAACGCAAGUAACUUUGGUAAAGCAUUUCGAACAUUCUCAACCACAUUGUGUGAAAAAUCAAAUACUUACGAUGUAGGUAAUUUAUCCAGUGAUUCAGAUUCUAAUACUAUUGGUGAAAAUUCGGAAAGUGAAGAUGACGAAGGUUGUGAAAUUCAAUAUGUUGAUUUAUAUCCUUUACUUUCUGAAGAAUCAAAUGAACAUUCUGAAGAUAUUAGUAUUUGCCUGCCUGACCAUAUGAAUUGUUGUGCUCAUACCCUGAAUUUGAUUGCUACAACAGACAUUGCAAAAAUAACUGACAGAUCUUAUUUACAAAUUUCAAAAGCUACGUUUGAAAAACUGUUUAAGUUUUGGAAUCUGGUCAGUCGUAGUACUGCAGCUUCAGAUACAGUAAGUGAUAAAUGUAAUUGUAAAUUUCCAGUGCCGGUUAUUACAAGGUGGAACUCAAUGUAUGAUGCGGCAAAAAAAAUAUUAUAUUAUAAAGAAAAAUUGAUUCCAGUAUUUGAUGAACUGAAAUUAAAUAAGUUAAAAAUGACUGAGUGGCUAUUUCUCAAUGAGUAUUGUGAAGUUAUGGAGCCAUUAGCCUCAGCGCUAGACAAAUUACAAGGAGAAAAAAGAAGUUAUUUAGGAUAUGUGGCACCAACAAUAUUAUCCAUAAGACUUUUGUUAUUAAAGUCAACAAAUAGAGUAUAUUGUAAACCAUUAAGUCUAUGCAUAAUUCAAAAUCUUGAAAAACGAUUUGAUUAUUUAUUUAACUUAAACAGUUCCAAGAGUAAGGCAUUUAUUAUUGCAUCAAUAAGCCACCCAAAAUUUAAAAUGAACUGGGUACCAAUAAGAUAUAAAAAUUUGUGCAGAAAUUUAUUUGUCAGUGAAUGUAAUACAUUAAGUGCUGUUAUUAGUUCAACUCCAAAUUCUGGUUCAUCUAGUGAAGAAAAUAACGAGAGUGAUGAUGACAACUUUUAUAACAAUUUACUAGAAAAUUGUAUUGAUGAAAAUUUAAACGAAUCUCAAUGCACCACCGAAAAAAGAAACACCAAUUUAGCUGGUAUUCAAAGUUCAUCAUUUUUAAACUCAAAAAAUAAAAAUUUAAUCAUGUUAGAUUCUUUCUUUAUUGUAAAGAAUGUAUUUUUAAAAUAUAACACAUCAUUGCCAUCAUCUGCUCCCGUAGAAAGAUUGUUCAGCGGAGCUAUACAAGUCUUAACACCACGGCGAAAUCGGCUAAAAGAUACUACAUUUGAAAAGCUGCUCUGUUGUAGAUGUAACCUUUAG